UCCAUAGGUUACAUUAUUUUCAGAAAGUGAAUGAUUUAAAUAUGAAGUUAACUUCAAAGCUGUGAUCUAUUGCAUGCAUUCUUACAUUUUUAAUGCUGACCUUGUUGUAGGAUUCGUCUAAAACUAUUUGAUGUAUGAAUGAAGUUUGAUCUCUCAGUCCCGCAGCUAGAAUGUCCUCAUGGCUAAAAAGCUCCUGAUCACAUAUGCCUUGUGGGCCAUGGGUGGCCCACUUGGCCUUCAUCACAUUUACUUGGGCAGAGACAGCCAUGCCCUUCUUUGGAUACUGACCUUUGGUGGUUUUGGCAUCGGCUGGGCAAGGGAGUUCUUCCGGAUCCCAUCGUAUGUGGGUGAGGCCAACCAUGAAGCAGAGAGAGAGCAUGUUAGACAUCCACGAGCCACUCCGCCACCACCAGUUGGCCUAAUUCGGUUUGCCGGUCAAAUUUGUGUUGGUAUUUACUUUGGCUCGGUGGCUUUAAUAAGCCUCAGUUCUCUUAGCUUCUUCUACUUCCUAGUGCUGCCAUUGAGCAUAGGUACUGGAGUGCAUCUGGUGUCCUCUGUGGGCCAGCAGACCUCCGACCUUCAAAAGACCUUUAUUACGUGCAUCAUCACGUCUUCCAUCUUCUACGGUAGCAAUCUCUCACCUCUGCCCAUCAGCAUAGCUGCAAGUGUUACCGCAGCACAGCACAGCACGUUCAAACCUCUGAGGAGCCACCCAGAGCCGCUGGGGCCUCGUCUGUAUCGUCUAAGUUUAGGUGUGCUGGCUUUCUCCGCUCCGCUGGGAUACUGUGUUUUCCACAACACCACAGCCACAUUGUACUACAUAUCGGACUGUGUAGCGGCCCUGCUUGAUUUCUUCUGGUUCCUUCCAUGGCUCAAAGGACUCCUGGAGUAUUUUCUGCUGUUGCCAUAUCGUCUGUUAUGUAUCCUGACAGGAGGGGGUUUCUACGAAGAAAGCUGGAGGAAGAUGCUGGAAAUAAUUCUUAAUGAGUAUACUAAAAAAGAAAUGGAGGCGCUGAAGAUACUAUCAUUGCCAGAAGAAGCUUCUCUGGAAGAGGUCACUCGCAGCUACAGGGAACUGGCUAAAGUGUGGCAUCCAGAUCACAACCCUAAUAAGCAAUCAGAGGCACAACAGAUGUUUAUUCAGAUCCAGGAGGCAUAUGAGAUACUUCUCGACAGACACAAGACAAGAAAGAAAAAAUAAUCUUCUGAGGAAGAGGACUUUUACCCUUUAGAAGGCUCAGAUUUAACUUUCACAUGCCCAAGUUUCACGUGUAAUAAACGUGAAACUAUCUAAACAAAUGAGUUUUUCACUUUUAUUCAGAGAAAUUCUCCUCCUAGGACAACUGAGGAUUCUCUGCCAUCUAGUGGUAACAGUAUGAAUGGAGUUGUUUUAAAUACAGGGGUUUUCCACAGUGAUUUGGCGACCCCUGAAGGGUAUGUAGUGGUACUGCAGGCGGUCGAACAAUUAUUGUUUUUCAAACAAUCGUUUUUGUAGAAAAAAAUGUAAAUAUAUUAAACAAAAUGUAUAUACAUUAAUAGUUAAUAUACCAUAUUCAAUUUCAUUGUCACCCCACAUUAAAAUGCAUUAAAAUAAAAUGAAUGUAGGC